GAAAUUACAUCAUUAAAUAGAGGGAGAUGCAAAAAUAUUUUUUGUUUUUUUUGCUUAUAUGGUAUAUGAGUGUACCUGUGUAGCUAACUAUUUCCCCUUGUAUAUAUGUAGGAAGUUUCAAAACAGAUAACUAAGCAUGUCUCCUUCAUCGCUAUGCUCUCUUCAAGCGUCCCCGCCAAUAUCUCACGCAUUGCUUAACCGCCACCACAAACCGGCGCACGAUAGCACCGCCGGCGUACGGAAUAGAACGCCAUACGUAGUUUCCUCUGAAAGAAGCAGCACUGCUUCGACGCGAAGCGCAGAUGAUUACCACGCCACUCUCAAAGCUCUCAACUCCAAAGGCAGAUUCCCCAGAAAAUCACUUGGCCAGCAUUAUAUGUUGAAUGCUGACAUAAAUGACCAACUUGCUGGUGCGGCUGGUGUUGAACAAGGUGAUGUGGUGUUGGAAAUUGGGCCUGGAACUGGUUCCUUGACUAAUGUUCUUUUAAACUCGGGCGCAUUUGUUCUUGCAGUUGAGAAGGAUAAACACAUGGCUGCCCUUGUGAGUGAAAGAUUUUCAAGUACAGGAAAGUUAAAGGUUUUGACUGAGGAUAUUGUCAAAUGUCAUGUGCGCUCUCAUAUGUCAUCAUUGGUUGGAAGCAUAAAUCCAGAAUCUAGAAAAGCAAAAGUGGUUGCCAACAUUCCCUUUAAUAUCAGUACAGAUGUGAUCAAACUACUUCUACCAAUGGGUGACAUUUUCUCAGAAGUGGUUUUAUUGCUCCAGGAGGAGACUGCCGUGCGCUUGGUAGUGUCAUCACUCCGGACCCCUGAGUAUCGUCCCGUCAAUGUAUUUGUUAAUUUCUACUCAGAUCCAGAGUACAAACUUAAAGUCCCAAGAUCCAAUUUUUUCCCUCAGCCUAAUGUUGAUGCAGCCGUUGUCUCAUUCAAGCUAAAACUACCCUCAGAAUAUCCCCAAGUUUCUUCCACUAAAAGCUUCUUCUCAAUGGUUAAUUCAGCAUUCAAUGAGAAGCGUAAGAUGCUGCGCAAGUCACUUCAGCACAUAUGCACAUCACUUGAGAUCGAAGAAGCUUUAACAAGCAUAGGUCUUCUAGCCACUUCAAGGCCAGAGGAACUAACAUUGGAUGAUUUUGUAAAGUUGCAUAACUUGAUUGCCAAGGAGUAGCAAUCUGGAUUACUGUGGGAUUGAAGAGCAACCUCAAGCAGAGGACCCUAGAGAUUCACAUAUUCAUAAGGCUCUUUGUUGCAGCAGACUUAGAGAACCAAAGUUUUAAAGGAGAGCUAUGCUAUGGCGUUCAAAUUGGGAAUACAUUAAGAUUCCAGCAGUUUUCUUCUACCAAAUGUUUCAAGCACGGGCAUGUUCAUAUCUGAAAAAAACUUUGCAGCUCCAAACCUAAAUUAUGUACAUUCUGUGAAUGUAAUUAGAUUGGACUCCCUUGUGCAAUAUACAGCUUGUAAGUUUAACUGCCGUCAUAGGCAGUAUAACUGUGCUUAAUCAAUCACCCUACACUGUAAAUGAAGAGCAGUCUAUUCUUGAAGCUGAAACAAAUGCUUGCCUCGUCAUAAAGGGAAAAUGACAUAUGGCGAUGUUUUCAAUUCUGUUCAAAUAUUAUAAACAUCUACCUUUUGUAACCAAGGUUUUAAAAAAUUGUAUGUGACUGUUAUUUCAGCUGCGA